CGGGCGAGCCGUCCAGUCUGCAGACAUGAGGCGCUGCCUGUUCGUCGCCACUCUGGCCCACGUCGCAGCAAUACUUUCGUCUGCUUACGAUUACGCUCAGAGCAGCGACGAGGAGUAUGACGAAAACCCGUGCCUCCCGCAGAUAGCAGACCGCUGCUUCAAAGACGUCUACGAGAACUUGCUGUGUCACGUCGACCCGAGCUCUUUGCCAGACUGCGUCAAGAAGAAUGUGGACGACUUCUGCGAUGCUGCUUCAGAUGCGUUGGACUGUGCAGUAGCUAUUGUCGAUGGUGACUGCACAAUUGCGGAAGGGUCUGAUGUCUUCGACGCCUGGAUCAGUGGCCUUCGCAAUGUAUACAAGACCUUCUGCACUGCUGAGAAACAACUGCUAAGAGUUCUGGUUGCAGCUCCUAACUGUUGGAACAGCAUCUUUUUCUUAAAAUGCGUUGAGAGGACAAUAAGAGUGAACAGUACCGUGGACUUGAUGAGAGUGCCGCUGGAUCUGGCUAUGUGCAACCAGAUAGCGGUUGCAGCUUCUGCCUGCAACGUGAAGGCGACUCGGCCGUCAGAACUGUGCGAAGCGCCGCAGGGAGCCAUAAGCGAGGCCAUCCACUCGUUCUUCACGGGAACCAAGUGCGGCGUCCCGUGCGUCUCUUCAGCGACGAUGGUUCUGCCGCACGCACUUUCUGUGGCUUGUUUGACCUGCUACCUGUGUGUGAUCUCAGCAAUGCUGUUUCACCUGUAGCUCAGAUGAGCAACGCAUUUACUUGAACUCUGCUGCAGGUAACCGCAGGCUUACAGGGAGCAGAGGCGAGGAUGGAAAGCUACCGCUCUCACACUUGUAUAUUCCUGCUGGAAUAUUCUACCUAUCUAUAUCCGAAUCCCGCUCCAGCUACUGCCGGAUCUGGGUGCUGAUGAGUCCUCUCCAUUUGGCUCGGUCCUCCCACCACUUUUCUUCCUCUACUUGCUGCCAGGUCACACCUCUCCU